AUGACUGUCUUACGAGUGUCCAACCGGGCCUGUAGCCUGCGCAAGGCUCUGACAACUCCUGCCCGCGGCUAUGCCACUUCGCCAGCUCAACCGGCAACCUCGCCUUUUGCUCCCCGUCAUCUGAUGUCAAUCGCUGACCUGACUCCCGCCGAACUCAGCACUCUUGUCCGCAAUGCAGCUUCUCACAAGAAUGCUGUCAAGUCUGGUCAUGUCCCUGCAUCUCUUCAGGGCUCUUUGUUCGGCAAGACUGUUGCCUUGACUUUCAGCAAACGUUCUACCCGCACUCGUGUUUCCACCGAAGGAGCAGUUGCUCUUAUGGGAGGCCACCCCAUGUUCUUGGGCAAGGAUGACAUUCAACUCGGUGUCAACGAGUCUUUGUACGAUACCUCGGUUGUCAUUUCAUCUAUGGUCUCGUGCAUUGUUGCUCGUGUCAAUGGCCACGAUGAUGUUGCCAACUUGGCCAAGCACUCUUCUGUCCCUGUCAUCAAUGCUCUGAGUGACCUCUACCACCCUCUGCAAACCAUUGCCGAUUUCUUGACCAUCCACGAAGCCUUUCCCUCUUCUCAGACUUCCAAUGUUCAGGGGCUCGGUCUCGAGGGCAUGAAGAUUGCAUGGGUCGGCGAUGCAAACAACGUGCUGUUUGAUUUGGCUAUUGGUGCUAUGAAGCUCGGUGUUGACAUUUCUGUUGCUACUCCCAAAGGCUACGAAAUUCCUGCUACCAUGCGUCAAAUCAUCCAAGACGCUGCAAAGACUUCCCCCAAAGCUGGCUCCCUCAUCGAGACAACCGUCCCGGAAGAGGCUGUCAAGAACGCAGAUAUUCUUGUCACAGAUACAUGGAUCUCUAUGGGCCAAGAAGCAGAGAAGAUUGCUCGUCUGAAGGCUUUCGAGGGCUUCCAAAUCACACCUGAGCUGGCUAAGCGUGGUGGUGCCAAAGAGGGAUGGCAAUUCAUGCACUGUCUUCCUCGUCACCCUGAAGAAGUCAGCGAUGAGGUCUUCUACAGCCCCAAGAGUCUGGUCUUCCAGGAAGCAGAGAACCGCCUAUGGGCUGCCAUCUCUGCACUGGAAGCCUUCGUUGUGAACAAGGGCAAGAUUGUGUAG